GCCGUGUGCGCCCCGGGGGAGAGGAGGAGAGGGAGGGUGUUUGGUAGAGGCCAAGGGCGCCGUUGGGCUCCGGGCUCGCGAGAGGGCGGCAGCAUGGCGGCCUUAGGGUCCCCGGCGCGCACCUUGCGAGGCCUCCUGCGGGAGCUGCGCUACCUGAACGCGGCCACCGGGCGGCCGUACCGCGACACCGCGGCCUACCGGUACCUCGUGAAGACGUUCCGCGCACACCGGGUCACCAGUGAGAAGUUGUGCAGAGCCCAACACGAGCUUCAUUUCCAAGCUGCCACCUAUCUCUGUCUCUUGCGCAGCAUCCGGGAGCACGUGGCCCUUCAUCAGGAAUUUCAUGGCAAGGGGGAGCGCUCCGUGGAGGAGUCUGCUGGUUUGGUGGGUCUCCAGUUGCCCCAUCAGCCUGGAGGGAAGGGCUGGGAGCCUUGAACAUGGAGAGAUUCCCCGGAUGUUAACUUCCUUUGAGAAUUUAAUCAUUUCUACCAAUAUGUAUUUAUCAUUAAAUUGUUUUUAAAAAAAUUUA